GAGAGACGCCGGAGCUGCGCGGGAAUGCGGAAGCGGACUCGUGCGUACGCGCCUCCCCAAGAGUACGUGUAAUAUUAUUUAUGGGCGCGUCCGUCAUACGCGAGUCUCUCCCAGGGUUUCUAGGCAUCCGUCCGUAAUCGCGUCCGGAAAUUCGCCGGUCUGAGAAGAAAAAUGGCGGCGACGCUCGGCGUCGCGGACUACGCGGUGUGCGCUGCGACACUGCUUAUCAGUUCCGGCAUCGGCGUCUAUUACCGGCUUACCGGCGGAAGGCAGAAAACUACCGAGGAAUACUUCGUGGCGAACCGGGCCAUGUCGGUGGCCCCCGUGGCCGUGGGGCUUAUGGCGUCCUACCUGUCGGCCAUCAGCCUCCUCGGAGUCAGCUCGGAGAAUUACGUCUACGGAACCCAAUACGCGGUGGUCAACAUUUCCUACGGACUGGCGACCCCGUUCGCGGCGUACCUUUACCUGCCGGUAUUCUUCCGCCUAGGCGCCACCAGCGCCUUCCAGUACUUGCAGCUGCGUUUCGGCAAGGUGACCAGGGUGAUCGCCAGUGCGGCGUUCCUCGUGCAACUGUUGCUCUACACAGGUGUGGUGCUCUACGCCCCCUCCCUCGCUCUAGAGGCUACGACGGGUUUCUCCAAAACCUGGAGCAUCAUCGUCAUCGGCCUCGUCUGCAUCUUCUACUCGGCCCUGGGAGGUAUCAAGGCAGUCCUCGUCACCGACAUCUUCCAGAGCGUCCUGAUGUUCCUGGGCAUCCUGACGGUGAUCGUCACCGCGACCCUCCAGGUGGGAUCCAUAGGUCGGAUCUGGGAGAUCGCCGAGGAAGGAUCCCGGAUUCAGUUCGACAGCAUAUCGAUCGACCCAACCGUGAGACACACCUGGUGGAGCCUGACCAUCGGCGGAUUCUUCACGUACCUCUCUCUGUACGGCGUCAACCAGGUGCAGGUGCAGAGGAUGCUGACGAUCAAAGAUUUAAAGUCCGCGCAAGCGGCGCUCUGGUGGAGCUGGCCGAUCGCCUCGGUAAUGUCCCUCGUCACCUGCUUCUCCGGGCUGGCCAUCUACUCCAGGUACAAGGACUGCGACCCGGUGGCCGCCGGCCGGAUCCAGCAGAACGAUCAGCUGAUGCCGCUUUACGUAAUGGACACUCUGUCCCGGUACCCCGGGUUCCCGGGGCUCUUCGUUGCCGGCAUCUUUAGCGCGGGCCUCAGCACCAUUUCCGCCACCCUGAACUCCGUCGCCGCGGUCGUCCUCGAGGACUUCAUCAGGCCCGCCUGUCGAGCCAGAGGGAAGACGAUAUCCCCGAGUGGUUCCAUCCUCGUCAGUAAGGUGCUGGUGAUCCUGGUCGGGGGCGUCUGCCUCGCCGUAGCCUUCCUGGCCCAGCACCUCGGGGGCGUUCUUCAGGCUGCCCUGACCAUCUUCGGGGUCGUCGGGGGCCCGACUUUGGGCCUCUUCACUCUCGGCAUGUUCUGCAAACACGUCGAGGAGAAGGGCGCCGUCGUCGGGUUCCUUCUUUCCCUGAUGUUCUCGCUCUGGGUCGGCUUUGGCCAGCCGAAGCCCGGUAUUCCGACCCUGGAUGUAUCCACUUCCGGCUGCAACGACACCGCCCUGAACGGGACCUGGACCUCGUCGAUCGUAUCCCCGGUCCACGACGACGGCUCUUCCUAUUUCUACCUGUACCGCAUCUCCUACAUGUGGUACUGUCCCCUGGGAUUCCUGAUGUGCCUCCUUAUCGGCCUGCUCGCCAGUCGGAUAUUAAGGUGGGCCCAUUAUUCCAGGGACCCCGAGGACCUCGAUCCCGACCUCUUCGUCCCCGCUAUAGCCUCGAGGAUGCGCAAAGAUCAGAUGCAGCUCGACGGGGACAACAAACGUGAAACGUGAAACGUUCCCAAGAAACGAGAGUGCCCGCUCAUUGACUAAAUAAUAUCUUGAAAACACAAAUCUAGUUGGUCUUCUCUCGUCCCUCCGGGCUGUUCUCUCUUCACUCUUCCGGGUCGGCGUCAUAAACUCGACGGGUCGGGUCGAUCCCUCCUCGAUUUUUCUCCCCCGAUCGCGAGCGACUUCUGAAUCGAGUCGUAAAGAUCGGCCAGGCCGCGCGACCUAACCUCCAAAGAGAACCGGAGAAACACACCGCGGAUACCGGAACGGACGUAAACACCGAGCGCCCGAUGUCGAACGUUUACCGAAACGUUCGCAAAUCACGAAGGAAUGCCGUCCGACCGGGGUGCUCUUUCUCUCUCGCUCUCCCGGGCGUACCCGGUGACAUAUGGAACGAACCGAUCUCGACGAGUCGCGGAUCCACGCAACAAUGGCGCUCGUCCGAGGAAAUCCCCUAACCUCCCCCAUAAAUCGGUAUCAAGGAUGAUCCUUAAGGAUUGAGAUAUCCCGUGAUAAUGGGUAAUCGGACAUCGGCGCGCCAAGGAAAAUGCCGAUCGAAUGACUCGGGUCUAAUUGGCCAAUUAUUGGGAGAGCGCGGUAUCAAUUGUUCUCUCCUGUAUUCUCUUUUCUAGACCCUUAACAAUUUUAAUUGGGAGAGGUUUCGUCAUCGAAGGACUCGUCGAACGGUUCCUUUAUCAGGGUGUACGUACCGAUUCACGGUCAUCCCUGUAGUGGGGUAUCCGGAAUGGAGUGGAGGCUGCCGAAGCCGCGAGCUUGCGCGAGAGAAAGGGAGAGGGAGAGAGACGGCGCUAGGCGGGCCGGGCGGCCGAGAGAGAGAAAGACCGAGGGCGCAAUGAAAUCCUUACGGCACGUUUAUGGGGUCGUCCCGGCACGUAAGACGACCGAACGACCGAUAGAAUUCUCCGCGGCUGCUCGCCUAUAAAUCGAGAGCCGGCCAGCAUUUUCAGCAAUAAACCUAGAAAUCUCGCGGGCUUUUACGAGGACGUAAAUUCCCCACUUUUCAUUCUAAUGCCCGCCCCCCUGGCCCCAUAGAUCGUCCGGGCCCUUUCCCCGUCGAGGGCCCUACGAUCUCGCGAAGGGGCCCCCUUAAACCCCCUGGACCAAUCUAUCAAAAGAUUCGAAACCAUCUCCCGCGUCUUCACCCUCUGUCUCUUUCUCGCGACCAGUUUAAUCACUCGAAUGGUAAAUGAUAAAUUGGGCGAAAGAAAAAAAAUCAUCCAAUCAACAAAAUAUUUCUUCAAAAAUUCGACUCGAAGUAAACCGGAAUAAAUCUCCAUUAUUCCGAAGAAACGUUGCAACCAAUUCAUUCGAGUUUAUACUGGUUAAAUAAUUAUUCUUUGAAUUAUCGAAACAUUUCAUAGGUGCCAUUAUAUUUCUCUGGUUCUUUUUUUUUUUAUCCUCGGUGUAUAGAAAAGGUCGAAUACGGCUGUCGCCGAUUCUAAUCCUUGAUUUGGCCGAGUAUCUUGCCGAACAAAAGAAAUAAACCGGGGGAAAAUCAAAAAUAAAUGUAACAAAAAACUGUGAAAGGGGC